CGCGCACAUGUUAAGAAAAUUAUUAAAUUGCAAAGUUUCUUUUAUUUAUAUAAAUUUCUUUUAGAAAAAACGACACAAAUGUUAUAAAUUAUAUCAAGCUGUAGUCACUAAACAGUAGUCAAUUUAUUUAUGGAUAUGUUUACGGGGAUUUUGUUCUUAUUUUUGUGCGUUGUGGAUAGUGUCUUAGCCGAUGAUGUUGUUGGUUGUGGAGGCUUUGUCAAGUCGGAUAUAGAUAUCAAUUAUUCUUUUAUAGAGGUAAAAUCUCCUUAAAUAUAGAUUUUAUUAAUUUCCUAGGACCGUCAGACCAUGGGGAUCAGCGAAAUAGUAUAUUUGUAAUCGCAAGGCGCGUCCUACUAUUAAUACCCGGCUCAGCCUGACUGGAAAGUUUGAAAACUGCAUGCAUCACAAAUAUGCAUGCACACUCGAGGUUUUGAAAAUUUAAUAGCAAACAUAUAGAAAACAUCAAAACUGUGCACCACAGAUCUUGUUUGUGCGAUACAAACUUUCCACUCUGGCUUGGCUGUCGAAGACUGCCUGGGGCUGAAAUUUAAUUGCCACAGACCAUUAAUUGCAUGUGAACUCUAUGCCAAUAUUUAGUUUAAAUGUUUGGUGUGGUUUUUACAAGCUUAUGCUAAAGAUCUUUGGCAUAUUGCAUUUAAAAUACCCCUGACGUUCUGACUUUGGGUAGCAAGAAAUUGGGAAGUUGAUCAUUUCGCUGUUAAUUUUUCAAACCUUUGUAUUUUCAGGGUUCGAAUUAACAAUAGUGAGCUUAAGCAAGCGACGUUUUUGUCGUUUUUUACGUUGGAAAUAAUUUUUUUUGAAUUUUUUUUUCAUGGUUUUUUCAAUAAUUAGUGUGACAACAGACGCCAUUUUGUGGCAGCAGCCCGCAACCACCCAGAGAAAAUAGGGUCGCACGGUCAAUCGCGUUGAAAAAAUAACAGGGUCGGCAGAAAAAAAUAGGGUCGGUCAGGAACCGGAACCACAGGUAUUUUUUUUACGCCGUAUAACUAAUUUUGGCGGCAUUUUGCCUCAUGGCACUCGUGCAAGGAAGCAAAAAACUUUAAAAGUCUUAUGUUUUGUCAUAUGUGUUGAAGAUUACCACAAACUGACACAAACACAGUUUUUAAUCCAGUCCCCCUCGGCAAUCUAACGUCCGUCUUGAUGAAAAUGUCGCUUACUUAAGCUCGCUAGUGUGCAAUUUGCACAUCGUUCUGGACCAAAUAGUGAAAAUUGCACAUCACUUUUCCAAAUGAUUUGACUUCCAAUGUUUACUUGUAAAUUUGAAAUGUUUGUUGUAAAGUUCCGAAGUUUGUUUCGAAGUUCGUUCCGAUGAUUUACGAUAAUCAAGUUUAGUAAGUUGUAAUUGGCUAGUUAAGUGAACCAGCCAAUCAAAUCGCUUGCUAUUGAAUCAUCGUAAAUCAUCGUAACGAACUUCGAAACAAACUUUGGAACUUUACAAUGAACAUUCCGAAUUUACAAGUAAACAUUGGAAGUCAGUUUUGAAAAGCAAAUUGAAAUCGAGAGUAAAAAUGAACAUUCAUCCAUAUUUAUAGAUUUAAACAAUGCCAUCUAGUUGUCUUAUAAUUUAUAAACAAGUGCUUUUGCAAGCACACUAGCAACAUGUUGCAUGUUUCCAGAUUGGAAGGUGUCAAAUUUUAGCCACCAUGACAGACAAACACAUGACUGAUUGUCAGGGCCGUCGCGAGCGGGGGGGGUGUGGGGGUGCUUCACCCCCCCAAUAAUUUUCGAAAGUCGGCCCCAGUCGGCAAAUUGCUUCGUUACUGUUCGGCAAAUUGCAAAAUCGGCAUUCAGCAAAUUGUAAAAGUUAAGAACGAAGGCGAUAAAUAAAGCGAUAAAUUUUGGAUUUAAAAUAAUGGUUUGUGUGGCCUUAUGUCAAAACCAUUUAAAUGUAUUUCUAUUUUCUAGUAAUACUAUUAGUCUUUUAUUUGUUGAAAAUCGACGGGAGGCUGAAAUGUGAACCCCACGUUUCCGGGCAUGUUCUUCGCUCGACUGCUCUUAUAGCGAUGGCUCUUUAUCAGUUAUGCGCGGUUCAAACCCCCCCCCAAAAAGACUAAAAUUUAGUGUCUUGAAUGUAAUUCGAUUUUUGACGACUAUAGAAACUUUAUUAUUUAUUUCACGAGGGAAAACGUAUUAACCAUAAAAGUUAUCUAACAUACGGCCCGACGAUUACCGUAAUUAGAGGCACGAGCAAACUUGCCAUAAGGGAAACCGAGUGCGAGUAGCACAUAAAGACGUACCAGCUAAUCUGUUUGAGACUGCAAAACGCAGUCAAAGCCAAAGAGAAUAUUUUAAGUCGUCAGAGGCGCAAGAUUUUCAAGAAGACUCCACAGGCACAUGGAAGAAGACCAAGAGAAAGACGAGCCAUGCCAUAAGAACGGACUUGUCUUCUUUAGUUCUUUAGCGAAAUUAAUGUUAACUCUGAUCAGCCUACAGUUUUGAAAGACAUACCGCAUACAGCGAUCGGUAUCGUCGAUCGGUUGCAUAUGAUCAUAUCCGUUUUACUCGCUUUCUGACGCAUAAAAUUUAAACUCUUGGAAAAUCGGGUCGUACAAAAGCCAAAUUAACACUAUCCGGCACUAAGAGUUUUAAGACUGCUCAAAAUACAAAAAAUAUAAAUUGUCUAUUCGGCGCCUGGGGAUAAAAAAGGUCAAAUGCAUCAAAGUGCCAUGAAAAUAUUGAAACAAAAUAUCAAUGCAAUCACAUGCAGAUACUUGGAUACCCUGGUUCCAGAGGUUUAUUCUUAUUAUUUUCAUUGCGAAGAGGAGAGGAAAAAUAAACCUCUGGUUGAAAGCGGCAAUUGAUUCAAUGAGCCGCGCCAAUCGAUCGAUAGUUUGAAUUAGGUUCAGAUCCUGACUCUGUCUCCUGAUUGGAUGAUUGUAUUAAAGACUUAAAGUCCUCUGAUUGGUUCAAAUAGAACAUCUAUAACCAAUCAGAGAGCUUUAAUACGAUCAUUCAAUCAGGAGACAGAGUCAGGAUCUGACCCUAAUUCAAACUGAUUGGCGCGGCUCAAUGAAUCAAUUCGGCCGCUUUCAACCAGAGGUUUAUUUUUCCUCCCCUUCGCAAUGAAAAUAAUAAAAAUAAACCUCUGGAACCAGGGUAAUACUUGGAUAACUUUUCUGACUUUGCGGAGAUGCGCGUCUGCACCACAGUCUAAGACACUCGUUACUCAGACUAUAUGCACACGGUACCGUUUCCGUCGCUUUCCGAGCGUUUUUCGGUUUUUGGUUGUAAUGCGUUAAUUUCUGAAACUGAAAGUACCAUUUUCACGUACGUUCUGUUCACACGAAAACGUAUGAAAGCGACGUCAGGAAGCAAAAACGUUUGAAAUAGUGAAAACGAUGCCAAAGAUUCGAUCACCAUGUCUGAAACGUUUGGUCGUUUAUGCACUUUGUUAUUGUGUAAACAGAAACGUAGAAGGCGAAAAUGAAAUUCCGUGUUUGAAUUUGGAAACGAAGACUAUAAAAAACUAGUGCUUUGUCAGAAAAUGUUGCGAGAAAAACGAUCAAUGUGAACAAGGAGCCUAAACGCUAAAUUUGAAAACGGCACUGCAAAAACGAAACGUGACCCGUGUGCACAUAGAUUCAGUCUCGAUUUAGGACUUAUGAAAACACGGUAUAAAUUAUGUUAAAUUUAAAUUUUUUCAGCUUUAUAUGUUUAAUAUAAAUAAAUUAAAAUACAACUCCUAUCUGAAAUACGAAAAUAAAAUAGUGCUCAUCAUUGAGCUGUGGUUGCAGUUAUUGCAAUUGUGUGUUUCGAUUUCGUGACCUUAUAUUUGUUUGUUCUUAGACUGAUGUCAUAUUUUAUAUAUAAAGUGACCCGAUUCCUUUUUAGCAACAACCCACGAACAGGCAUCCAUUUCAAAACAAGAGCCAUAUUGGUGUCCCUCAGUUACUAGCACACCAAUAUAAUUCUCAUUACCUAUAUCUAAUCUUUACAAACGUUUGAAAAACUCGGCAAAUUCAACUAGCGUCACUCGGCAAUUUGACCUUCGACACCCCCCCCCAAUCCAUAUCCCUUCGCAACGGCCCUGCUGAUUGUUAUGUGUUAUGUGUUAGGUUUGUGUUUAACUGUCUGUGGCAGUGUAGGUAGAUUGUAAACAAUGUUUAAGAAGUAUUCAAAUAAUUAAAUUAUUGCAGUUUGGUUGACUAGAUGUUUGACUGAGUGUCUGAGUAGCUAAGACAAUCAUGAACCAUAGUUCGAUAUAUUCCUUAUUUAGAAACAAAGUUGGGAAUAUUCACAACACACUUGCAAACCAAGCUUUGAAAAGUGACCUGAAAUGGACAAUAAACAUUAUAAAUUACUAAUUAUCAAACACAAUCUGGAAGCAAAAUUAACAGAUGAGUGUUCAAAUUAGUUGAGAAAAAAUGAUGUACAUGAACUUUUUAUAAAAUUUGAACAUAAACUCGUAAUUUGUAGUGACUGUGUUUUACUAAUAUGGCUAAUAAAUUUGAUGAAUUAUUUAUUAAAGCUUUUAAGAAAUAUGUUUAAUUCUUUGCCUACAUUAAUAAAACACUGCAAAUUACAAGUUUAUGUUCAGCACUUUGAUACUUUAGUUCAAUUAGUACUUCUGAAUUGGUACUUUAGUGAACAACUUGUGAAGUUAGCUUUACAAGUUCCACGCCCAAUGUUCCAAAUUUAAAAACGUUGUUUACUUGAGUUGUAAAUUAGACUCAGUUUUCACUUUCUACUUUUUGCACAAAUGUCUGAGACAUUCCAGUGAAACAGAAAAAAGCUGGCUAUACUAUAGUAAGAAAAAAGCUGGAUACAGUCAGAAAAAGGCUGGAUAUCAAGCAUCGCUAAAUGAGCUUCGAUAUUUUUCACAAUACUCAAAAUUUGCUUUGCAAUUUGCAAUUAGAUCUAAAGUAUUUAUAUUUACCAUUUUCGUUAGUUUUGUCACAAUUGUCUGGUUUUACAAUUAUAUUGUGAUUUCAUUCUUUUUUGUCACAUCCAUCCUUCAGUUAUCUUUUCCUCCCAACUUCCAGUCUGUUGCCCCUGAUUUGUACACUGAUGACAAUAUGACUCAUGAAAAAGCUGUUUAAUUUACAGUUCGAAUGUUGUUUUGAUUCAAAUUAUUUUUUUGUUCAGAUGAAGCUUUAUACAAAGCAAGGCAUCUUGAAAUAUAAAACAGAUUGUGCUCCAAAUAAUGGCUAUUUUCUUAUUCCUUUGUAUGACAAGGUAGGGACAUUUCGACAUUAUAGUGAUGAAUAAUGUAUGUGAGGAAACCAUGUUUAUUAUUAAUAAAAGUUUAGUUAGUAUAUUAUUUAACACAUUAAAUUGAAUUGCACCCCAAUGCACCCUACAUUUUUUAUUCAUCAAGGGGCAAGCGCUGGCGCUCAAUGGGUUAAACAUCCUUCGUCCUCAGCCAAGACCUGGGCCUCCUAUUUUUAGUUUCAGCACUUUUUCACUUGAGAAGACUGGACCUUCAAUCAUCCACAAAAUAUAUUGAGAAUACUUUGGAAUCCACUCCCCCCUUCUCCCUAUUUCAAUAUUUGAAAGGCUAUUAUCUUUCCAAAACGUUUAUAGCAUAUGACACUAGAACUGGAACCGUCUCAUUGGUAGUCAAAAUCUACUGUUAGAUAUUUGAAUUAAUUAAACAAAUGAAUGUUACAGCAAUUUAAGAAUAUUGGAAAUGGGAGGAAGGUGUUUCAUCCCAAAUAUUUGUGGAUGAUACUUACCAAAUGCUUAAAGCUAGCCCAAAAUUGACCAAACCAGCCAAAGCCACCAAGUAAAUUAAGGGCCUUUGUAUUCAUGUUAGUAGCUAGUUAGUGGCAUGCAAUAAUAAAACCAACACUCAAAGGAAUACAUGCAUCUUAUUGGCAGAUGACAUCAUCCCUUGGGUAUUUAAGAAGCCCCAUUGCAACUUUAGAUCACCCCUGAUGAAGACACUAGACUAGAGUUUCAAAACGUUUGGUCUUGAUUACAAUUCGACUGGGGCUUUGUAUUCAUUUACCAGAGUAGCGAGCGAAAUCAUGAUUGAUAUACCUGGUUGCUGUGAACAAACUUUAUGGCGCUAGCAAGUAUUUGCAAGGUUGACUGGUCAUUUAGGUCGACUCCACGUUUAGGUAGUGAUGAAUAAUAUAUGUGAAGAAACUUUGUUUAUUCAAGUUUAUGAAAGAUCCUUCAUCUGCAAGUUAGUAGCAUGCAAUUAGGAAACCAACACUCAUCUAAGAUAGAAUGAAAAUGUUAUAAUGGUGCUAUUGAGUAUUUGCGAAUGUCAACCCAAUUCAGCUCCACUGAAAUAGCAUAUUUCCUCCAUUCAGGCAGAACUUUUGAGGAAAACUGUUUUAAUCAAAAAGGUUUUUAAUUGAUGGCAAGAAAAAUGGAAACUGACAAGUAGUUAUUUUCAGUCCAGAAGAAAGAUUGAGUUUCAAAACUUGCUUGCAUGAUGAUAGGGUUUUUACUACCACACAUAGUAAUAAUGAAUGAUAUAUCUCUUUCACAAUGACGUCAUAUAACUACAACUACAGGAUUAAAGCAAGUAAAAAUAUGAAAAUUUCAGGUUUCAACCUCACACAGUCUUCCAAGUAAACCGCAAAUAUGUGACUGGUCAUGUGACAAGAAGAAAUUUUUAUUUAUGCUCAAAAUUAAUUUUAAAGAUAUUUACACAGAAAUAAUUUAGUAAUGAACAUGCGCAAAGUUUUAUCAGGAAUAAAUAACAAUUUGCAUGUGCGACAUUUAGUUUUUCACUUUUCAAUUAGGAGGACAAAAUUAUCCAUUUCCCAAAGUCCUGGGUCUAGUCGCGCAAAUCCCAUGUUGGAGGGACAAGAAAUAUGGCAGCACACAUUUAAAUUAGAAGUUUAAUGUAAAAAGGAGAUAUUUCAUUUUUGGUCAUCUAAAAAGUUGAUAUUUGAUAGUAGAUACUUAAACUCUUUCACCUAUUUGACGCCUGUCACCAUAUAUUUUGUCCCUCCCAACGAUCCCAGAAUGCACUGUGAUCUCUUUUGGGAAAAGGCUAAUUUGAUUUGUCCUCCUAAAUUCGUCCCUGACUAGUACUCCAAUGAUCAUUGCCGCGUACUUGAGAUGGUAGACUCAAUGUGUACUUAGUCAUUAAAAUGAAGUACAUAAAAUACAGGUUUCUGAAUGGUAUUAAUUAAGUAACCUGAAACAACUGCAUACAUAAACACACUAGAAUCAACUCAUUCCUUAGUCCCAUCAGUCCAAUAUUUUUUCAAGGCAAGACAUGUCAGACAUCCCCAUAUACCGGCUUAAUUACGGUUUGAAUACAUUGGAUUUGGUAAAGUCAUAUGGUACCAGCAAAAUGUAAGCACGCAAUUAGCGAGAGUUCCGCAUACCUAUGUGGUACGUGGCUGAAAACAAAGACGUCCCAGACCGUAUUCUUCAGUACGUAAGUAGGCGAGUUAUCACACCCUGUCUACAUAAUAUAAACAUGUUUCUUGUGGUUUCAUUGCAAACUUUUGCUUUUAAAGCGAUUUUGUGCAUAAAUAUGAGUUACUUUUAGCCAUGACCACUCACAUAAUUUUUGUUUCCAAUUCUAAUUCGAAACCACGGCGAUGUUGAAAAUCAAAAUUUUCAUAUUUUUACUUGAAACAGUAUAUUGUACGUGUUUUCCAAGAUUCUUACUCAAUAAGUGCUUUCAUUCUGGUAGUUCUUAUUAUAUGGCGUCACUGUGAAAGGGUCUAUAGAGGCAAGCGUGGCAUGUAAACAUCCUUAUUUUAGCUAUUUUGUAUUGUAUGAUUAAAGCCCAUUCUCCACUAGGCGAAUUUAUUCGCGCGAACAGAUAAAAAGUAGGAAGCGAUCCUACUUUUUCGCCGCGAAUUUUUUCGCCGACCAAUCACGUUGCCGGAUUUCGGUUUUCGCUUCGCGUCGCGCGAACAAAUUCGCCUAGUGGAGAACGGGCUUAAGACUUCUUCAUUUGUCCUUUGCAGGGAGAUUUUGUUCUAAAAGUUGAGCCUCCCCAAGGAUGGAGUUUUGGUAAACAUUUAUUAUUAAUGCGUUGUAUAAGUUCAUUUUUUCCUCAACUAUUACAUAAUCAGUAUUGCAUUAAAGUUUUGUUUGGUGCUUUUCAUUGGCGACAAAGAACAUUUUACUAUUCUCUAGCUUUCAACUAUGUUUUAGUCAUUAUCAGGAAUAACUAUUCAACGUAAAGCCAUAGUCAUCAUCGACACAAUAUAUAGUAUAGAAAUGUAUAAAAUUACACUCGAAAUUUCCAUAUAUACAAAAACCCUCAAAAUUUAGUUCUAUCAAGUGAGAUGCGCAAAAUUCUGAUACUUACCAAAUAUACCUUGCACUGCACGGCAUCACCUUAAUAUUAUAUGAUUAUAGUACAUGAACUUGCAGCUAAUACUUGACAACUGGACAACAGUGGUGGACAACUGGACGAUAGUUUAAUCCAAAGUUGCUAUGCGGUGUCUGACUUUACGUUAAUCUUUGAAGUGCCUGUUACGACUGUAGUCACCGAAUUGACAGACAAAUCAUCGAAAGUUUACGUACCAUAUUUAUUUGUUUGAAAACCGUCCCCGAUUAAGCACCACCCCAGAUUAAGCACCACCCCAGUAAGCACCGCCCCCAGAUUUUGCCCUCAAAUAGCCGCCACACUGACGUACUGCUUAAUCGAAACACCGUCAGACAGAAUUGCUUGAGAAGCCAAACCAAAAAAUAACAGCAGUGGAUCUCAUUCUUUAUUCGGCUUUCAAAUUUUCUUCUCCUGUAUUUCUGUAUUUUUAAGUUCAAAGUUCUUUCUCAUUAUUUAACUUGCUUAUACUCACUCCACUUUGGAAAUGCACAUUUCUCUUGGGAAGGCAGGGUACUUUGCCAGCACAACAAGCCUCUCUUCCACCAGUGUCUUGCUGGCUUGUGUUCAUCACUGCACCUCAAAAUUUGGCGCCCAUUGUUAUAAAAUUUCCAAAAUAUUUGUCGAUGGGGGUGGUGGAAUUUUUAAACAUCCUGUACGACAGUUUAAUAAAUUUCCUUUACUCAUUUGGCAAAUUUCUCAUUUAUGUUUAAUUGACAAUUUUGGUUUCAUUUCAUGCAUUUUUGGCGCCCCCUGAAACCUUUUGCGUCCCCCUAAAAUCCAUCGCAUGCAGGGGGGAGGGGGGAGGGGGUGGCAAUGGCCUCCCUGCCAGCAUGCCACUGUCUUCUACCAUCCAGAUUCCAGAGAUUAUGUUUUUACAAAUAAUUUAAUUUUUAAGCAGCGCCACCCUCGAAUAGUCAAACGGGCAAAUACGGUAAGCAGGCAGCAAACACUCUUCUUAAGAGCUAAACAUUUCAAAUAUGGAUCCCUCUCUAUUCCGGACAGUGUCUAUCUAUUACUAUACUGUGUAAAAAGUCUGUUUCUUUAGAUCCUGUGAGUGUUGAUCUACAUAUUGACGGUACAACUGACAAAUGUACCAAAGGCGAAGACAUCAAUUUUAUAUUUACUGGAUUUACAAUGUUUGGAAAGGUCGAGUGAAUAUGCCGAUAAGACUUUUUACUAAGUUUGAAACAGAUUAUCUUCACUUCGUUGCCCCCAAUAGUGCACACAGUAGUUUUCACUGUUCUUAUACAUUAGUUAUAUCUCAUGGUGCUCACCUCCACUUGCUGAUUUGGGAGUAAGACAUUAGUGAUGGAUCGAUAUGGACAUUUACCGAUAUUUCGAUAACCGAUAUUGGCCGAUACCGAUAUUCUAUUUCACUUUGAAAUGCACAAACAACAAUUUUAUAAUCAUAACCAUGAGAAAACUUACACAUACAUUGACAACAUGCAUAUACAUUGAUAACAUAUGUAUGACUAUAUAUAUGGAAUAUAUAUUCUACUUGAUUGAUACAUUCGGGUCACUGCAUGAGUUGUGUAACAAUAAAUUGAAAUCCAAAAUAUAUUUUAAAUUAUAUAAUUUUAUAUCAGGGAAAAAAUACCGAUACCGAUAUAUUUUGCAAAAUUUUAGGGCCGAAGUGGAUAUCGGUGAUGCACUAUAAGACAUUUAGAAGUUCAUUUUUCCAGUGUAUAUUGAUAAGUUAGUAUCACCCACCGCGCUCAUAUUAUCUGUUUGUAUUUAUUAUAGGUAGUAAGUAAAGGACGUAAGAUCGGGCCAUCUGGAGUUAAAAUUUCGUUGAAAAGUGAAGGUUUGUGGUUAUCUUUUUGGUUAUUUUAUCAAAAUUAUAGUCUGCUUGUGGAAACUAUAUUGAAAUCUCCGUUAAAACUGAAGGCUUAGAACUAUAUAUGUUGUGCGUUAUAUUCAUAGCUUGGUAGAAAAUCAAAAGGUAUUGAGUAUUCUAUGGCGGACACUAGGGGGCAAUAAUUUCUUUGAAUAAUUUCAAUAACGCCUUUGAAUGAUAGCAGGACAACUGUAUACCAUGAAAGCAUUGGUAGGCUAUAAAGUCAGAUAUUACAUGCAUGAAAUGUAAGGCAAAAAACUUACAAAAGAACUAAAGAUUUGCAGCUACAAAAAUGGUGGUCAUAUAAUGGUUGCAACGUAAUUCGCCCCUUUUUUUUUGUCCGCUACUUUUUUUUACUACACAUAAAGUAUUAAUCUUUACUCAUUUAGGUUCUGAAAGAGAAACUGAAACAACAGAGGAAGGAUUGUAAGUUAAAAAAUAAUUUUUUUAUAAAUAUGUAAAUAAAGCACAUGGGGUUGAUUAAUAUGUGCAUGUGACCUGAAUGGAACGUUUUAAUUGAGUCUGAAUUCAACCUCUAAAAGGCUUUACCUCCAUUAUUUGUAAACUUGAUAUUAAAUACAGAAUAAAUUUCUGUUCCUUUUUGUAGUUUUACUUUCUCCAGAGUUCUUCCUGGCAAAUAUUCGCUUGCAGCAACUCAUCCAACAUGGACAUUUCAGAGUGUAUGUAAACAAUAUCCUACAUUAUCAUCACUUAAUGAAUGACCCAACUUUAAAAGUUCUAUAAUCAGAUCUAGAUCUAUUGUUUAUAUAAUAAUAAUAAUAAUAAUAAUAAUAAUAAUAAUAAUAAUAAUAAUAAUAAUAAUAAUAAUAAUAAUAAUAAUAAUAAUAAUAAUAAUUAUAAUAUAUAGUUUUUGAUUGGUUGAGAACCAUGAUCUAUUAGAGGACUGACGCACGGAUGACGCCAUUUCAGUGACGUAAUAUCUUAGCCAAUCAUAGCUUUCUCAAGAGCAUCAAGAACUACUUGAAAUGGCGUAUAUAUAAAAUAAACUCCUUUUCCGUCGCGCUUCAAAGCCCUAAAACGUUUCGAUACGGAGUGGGUUAAGGCAAUUUUUCAACAAAUGGAUAAUAUUCUGCCGUUGUCUGUUCAAGUAUAGUGGACGUCAUAACGUGAUAAGAAAUUAAAAAAAAAACAUGAGUGAUUCACUCGGCCAGGCGGCUCUUGGGCCACUAUUUGUUCUUACCACAUUUACGACGUCAUGCUCUAUAUCUGUAACUGAAACUAACGGCAAAAUGUUAUCUGUGUACUUGAUAAAUAGAUGGUGGCCAUAAGGCUGGUUUACUAAACAUCCUUUUCUCUAAAAAAAUUAAAAGUAAAUGUGAUUCUGUUCAAGAAAUUCAUCUUGCAAGAGUGGAACAACAUAAAAACGAACCUUUCGGGUCAAACCUACCAGUUUACUUUUCGCAUUUCGUCUAUAUAUCACAUGCAGUACGUAAUACAGCCUUCCGGAAAGUACUUAACCAUGGCUAUAGAGCCUCGUUUUCGUGUUAUAAAUUCACUGAUAUAACUGCAUGGUGGUGUAAAUGUGUCAGCUGUAACAAGGUAUAAGGCUUUAAACCCAAUAUCUCAAUUACGAAGACGAGGCUCUAUAGCCAAGACUGCAUGAGCAAUUUCUGGAAGGGUUGUGUUGCACUUAAAAACUUCUGAGGUGUUUAAAAUACCGUAAUAAACGACUUCAAAUGUAUGAUACAACUUCUCAAACAACAAAACGCACGUUUAUAUCGUGAUACCAAGAAAGGGAUACGCUGCUAAUGACCUUCGUGAUUUGUAAAUAAAUUCUAUAUAUUAGUAAAUAAAAUAGAACCUCUGAAACAAGUUGAUAAUUUGGGAAAAACUGAACGCUUGCCGAGGCUUAGUUUAUGGGUACUUUUUAGUAUAUUCUCAAAAUUGUUUUUUUCUAGUCUUCUACCUCAGUAGAAGUUGUGAACACUAAUGUAGAGGUUAUGGAUAAACUUAUUGUUGCUGGUUAUGAUGUAAAGGUACUGUGACUACUACUCACUUGCAAUCCUACUGAAUUAGAGGUUUUGAAUGUUAAUUAUCCACUCUGCUUGCAAAGCGUUGACCCAAAAGCUUUGGUUCUUCAUCAGCACAAAUAGCGAUGAUAAUAAGCGAGGCAGCACACUAGUCUUGACACUGAUAAAAUUUCACCAGAGUUCACUUGGCCCAGUCCUUCGCGCGAUCUUUAUUGAUUUGUAUAUAUAUUGUUGCCAUCUCCAUUUUGCGUCGGUUUGGAUGUCUUCUGGACGUUUUGCGGUAGAGCUUGUGGUAAUUCCAGUUAAAAAACGGUUGUCCACUCCAAUGGGUGAUUCCAGCUAUAGACUCAAUUUUGAUCUAGGCAAGAAGAAUGAAAUUCAACACCACAGCUAGAAAGAGCAUCUUAGAAUGAGUAAAACUGCAAAGUUUGGUUGCGAAAUGUUGUAAAAUGAAGACAAUAUAGCCCUAUGAAGUUCGCAAAUUUUGUAUAUAUUUGUAUUACGCGCGGUAAAAAUAACCACUUUGGGCUGAAAAAUGGUCAUUUUUCCCGCGCGUAAUGCAAAUAUAUACAAAAUUUGCGAACUUCACAGGGCAAUAUUUUCCUCAUUUUACAACAUUUCGCAACCAAACUUUGCAAUUUUACUCAUUUUAAGAUGCUCUUUCCAGCUAUGGUAAUGGACUUCGUUCGUCUUGUCUAAAUCAAAAUUUCGUCUAUGGCUGGAAUCCAUUAGCAAAUUGCUAUUGGAAAACAUAAAAAAGGAAAAAUAGACAGAAAUCUUCUUCUGAUGGAUGUGAACGAAUGGCUGGGUUGUGAAUGUUCAGAUGAGGGUACAUAUACUCUGCCUAAUUCUUCAUAAUUUCAUGAUAUUCUUCAGAAUAUGCAUAAUUCUUCUACUUGUUCACAUUCAUUAAAAGAAGAAAAUCGCACUAGAAAUCGCAGCAAAAAUUGCACGUGUAAAUGGCCUUUAUGUUUCCUUUCGGUUGCUUCAUCUGAUCUCUCUGGAUUAAACUAUAGUCUGUCAAGAACAAUGCGUGCAAAAUGUUUUUGUUUAUUCUUCAAAGAGUCGUAUAAUCAAGGCCACGAGCGUGAACCACACUAAAUAGCCCAGUGCGUACCCAGUCGUUUUCCCCAUGUAUCUAUUGAGAGCGUAAGUUUGAGGCAGCACUUCCUUGCGAAAGUAACUCCUAUAGUUAUAAUAUUAUUUGUGCUGUUGAAGAUGCGUGCUUACGGGUCAACAGCCUUGCCAAAUACAUUAGCACUCGUGAAUAUCCGAGCUUACGGAUCGGUAGCUUUUUUAACGCUGCCGGACGUCUCUGUUGCACGAAUCUUGGGAGAGCUGUAGAAUUUUGUCCAAACCAAACUGACUUGCUUUGUUGACUAAUUGGGAUGUUUUUAAAAAGUUUUGUUCAUUUCAUCGAAACAAACGAACCCAAAUAUUAAUAAAUCAUGCAUCCUUCUAUUUCUUCUAUUUCUAAUAUGAAUUAUUAUCGUCCGCUUGUUAUUAUGCUCGUAUUGCGAAUUGUACUUACUGCAUGUAUUGUAGCCUGUGUUCCUGUCCACUAGAGACACAGGCUAACUGUAUUACUGCUUUAAUAUAAAUAUAUUGCUUAUAUAUUGAUGAAUAGCCACAGUUUUAAAUUUAUUUAUUUAUUACUUUUUGGAAAAAAACAGGGGCACGUUUUGAGUGAGCAUCAGCCCAUACAAGGAGUGGAUUUUAUUUUAUUUUCCCUUGUACUUAAAGCCGAGGUAAGUGUAUAAAGUAAAAACUACGCAUUGAUUUGCAGGACUGGUGUACGGUACAACUAGCCUUUCUGAAGUGAUUCGGGUGGCAGAGAAACCAGACAAAAAAUAUCCAAAUAAUAAAUGACAGGCCUGCUCCAUUUACAGGGUCCCUAAUAAAUAUGUAUAUAUAAAAAAAUAACAAAAAAACAUUACAUUAUUUACAACACAUUUUAUCCACAAGACUGGACAACGGACGACACGAGUGACACUUGACACAUAUACUUUUAAAUGUUUGUGGAGUAUUAAUGUUAUAUAUUUGUUUAGACAUUGCUUCAUAAUAAGUUAGCGGGUAAGAUUUGAGUUGGCCGACAGUAACGCUUGCUUCUCGAAUUUGUGGUGGUAGGGAGUUAUAUAUUCUGGUAGCUCUAUUAUAAAAAUUGUUCUGAAAAGUUAAAGUGUUAAUUUUUAAUGUUACACUGUUAGUUGUAGCGCGCCUGGUGAUACGAUCAUUUGAUACUAUACUAAUCUGAGAGUCAUUCAAUUUAAUUGCCUUAAAGAGAUACACCAAGUCCAGGUACUCGUGCCAGUAAGACAGAGGAAGUAAACAUGUUUUCAAUAGUCUGUCUUGGUAACUGGUAAAUGAUCAAAACUGACCUCGUACAGCCUUCACCAGGUUGAGAUCGUUUUGUUUAUAGUGCACCAGUGUUGCCAUGUGGGCUUCGGUGGCGGCAGAGCAAGCGCCUUUCACGCUAUGGACUCAUGUGUGGACUCAUGUGAAAAACACGUUCGAAUUUAUCUUUAUGAUAAAUUGGGUGGGGAGUUUUUCAAGUUUUUUUAAAAAAGAGUUUUUAAAAAAAAAUUAAAAAGUUAAAAUUUUUUAAAAAGUUAGGGUUAGGGGUUAGUGGUUAGGGGUUAGUGGUUGGGUUGGGGUUGGGGUUAGGGUUAGUGUUAGGUGCCGCGAAUUUAUUAUUAUGAUAAAUUCAAAAUUUGCCGCGAAUUUAUCAUAAUGAUAAAUUCGGACGUGUUUAAGAAUUUACUCAUAUUAUCAUAUAGUAAAUUCAAGGAUGGAGCUCAUGCUGCUAUAAGAAGCAGGUUCAAACCGCAAAUCCUGCAAGUCAAAAUAUCCAUCUUCAAGCAAUUACAUUUAACUGCAUGCAUGGAAGAGGGCAAACUGAUAUUAACUUCAUGUCUCUUGUAAGAUAAUUUUAAGAUGCUUUCUGUCCAACUACUCCCCAUUAUGGAACCUUUUACAACAAACGUCGUCCAUAUUACCAUUUCGACGUGAGUUAGGAUUAUCUUUUCUCCUGACAGGAUGUCCGUGGUUGCGAGCCAAUUGAACCAAGAAUUCUGGUGAAAAUUUCCAAGAAAGCGGAAGGAGAGGCAUUGUGUAAGACGAAAUCUCAGAAAGAUGGAACGUUUCAGUUUUCUAGUGUUCCAAGUGGUGAAUACACAUUGGUACGAUUUUAAGAACUUUUCGAAAUAUACCUAUUAAAUCAAUUUUACUCGAUCCCAACAAUGACUGAACUCUGUUAUUUAGGUGCCAUUCUACGAAGGCGAAGUAAUAACUUUUGACGUUGUACCAACUAAACUGAAAUUCAAAGUUAAUUACAAAAGUGUUGUUCUGAAGGUAACCGUUUCUACGUCCGGUUUACUGGAUAUAAACUCUUUUGUAAAUGUUAAUGUCAAUAAAAUGUAAGUGCUAGUAUUCCAAAGGUCGUAGGUUCGAAUCCCGCCGUGGCCAGGCAUAUUUUUCAAGCCUGCCCGGUGUGGAUAUACACUCAGAGUAACAUCACACAAACAUCUUAUUCACCUGAGUACAUUACACCAACACAGCAGAUUUCAUAAAUAUUGAUAUAAUCGCUCAUCUAAUUUAUAGUCUCAGUACACACUUGUGUAUUCACUUUUUUCAGUCGGCCAAAACUAAUUUGCAGUUAGCCCCGCGUACAUUGCGAGCGAGGCAUGUGAACUAGGGUGGGGGUUGGGGGAAAUGUUUUGAGAAAUUACGCCUCAGAAGGUGUUCCGUUUAACUACGGCUGGGAGAAAAUCAAACACAUCUGACUACGAGUAUAGAAUUUGCAAAAGGAUAUUGAGAAAUUUCUAGUAUGCCUGUAUACGCCCAUGACUUUCUGAUCCUGGUUUACAGUUAGUUCAGGUUAUUUGCAGGUCCCAACAUCUGACACCUGUGUCGCAGUGCUGUAUCAGUGCUGUUCAGAAACAUCUGUGACCUGUAUAUAUAGUUAAUUACUUUUAUUUAUUUUACGUUCUAGACUCCCUUCGAAGUGCAUGGGUUCUCUGUCAGCGGGAAAAUUGUGAAUUUAGGAAGCGUAAGUUUGAAAGUUUGUAUUUGGCCUUUCUUUGCAUCCAUCUCAUUUACAAUACAAACUCCAUGUGAGUCUUAAGUCGUUCAUUUUUUAGCCCAUUAUGUGCACGAAAGUAAGACUGGCUACAUAAUAUAUAAAUAAUGAGUAAGAAAAUUAAUUUUUUUCUGUAGGGCGAAGGAAUUGCGAAUGCAAAGGUGUCCUUAGAUGGUGUUUAUAAAGCUGAAAGCAAUAAUGAAGGUGUCUAUGUGUUGGAUAACGUCACAUCUGGUCAUUAUACUAUACUGGUAAGUAAUGCCUAACAAACACUCACGAGGGAUGUGCCAGAUCCCAAUAGUACAAUACACGUAUACAUAUCCGGCAGUAUCUGGUAAAAUACACCGGAUAUUUAACAGAUAGUCCUGGAACAUUUUUAUAAUUUAUAUAGAGAACCUUGAAAGUUAUAUGUUUCCCUUGUCUUUUUUAUGCACUGUGAAACACGAACAGUUACCAUUCGUGCGAUGCAUUAUAAAACGGAAUUGCCUGUUAUAAAACUAGUGGAAUUGUUAGUAUGAUUCUUAGGCAUUGUUCUACAGACAUUUCCCUUCUUGUUACAGGCAGAGAAACUAAACAUCUUUUUCAAGCCAGUUAAAUUUCAAAUUAACCCGAACACGCCAUAUUUGUCAGAUAUUAAACCAUCAAGGUACUGUUAGUAAUCUAUAUUUUAAUAUACUUAAAUAUCGAUCGUUAUAUUCACUUAUUUCAUCACUGCCACUAAAUUUACCGCCCUUCAUACAUGCGGCCACCGACAUACAGGACAGAGUGUCCAUAUUACGGAAGUGUUUCUGUUAUACGAUUAAAGCUUUUAAAUUUCGUGCGGAAGCCAUUUUUAGUUUGUUGGAAAAACCACACACCCCUGGGGCCGGUUGUAUAAAAAAGUGAUUAAAGUUAACUAUAGUUAGUGGAAACGUCAUCCAAUAAGAAGCGCCUAUUUGAGAGUUAAUCACUAUUUAACUACAAAAUAGUGAUUAAAAAAGUGAUUAAGAGUUUUAUACAACCGGCCCCUGGUUUACAAAAUUUGAGUUUGAAAAUUUUUUUUCACUAUUCUACAUUAUAAGUACCCAAAGAAACUAUAUAUAUAAAAAACUGGAUACUAAUAGCUGAUUUGCGGAAUGUUCAGUUUUUUUUAUACACCCUGUAGAGGUCACCACUAUGACGUCAUUUCCACUGAGAGUCCUAAGUGUUUAUAAAAACAGGCCCACACUUCAGUGUUUAUUACUUACUUACUAUUACAGUGUUGAUCUCAGUUAUGUAUACUGUACACGAACCGCUGUUUCAUAACAACGUUGCACCGCAAUGCUACAGCUAAAUAAGUGAAUAAAGCGUUGAUGUUUGUGUAACUUAUAUUAUCUACUCAAACUAACAUCAUCUGAUUGCUGGAGUGUCCAUAAUGGCAUACUGUAAAUCCUCUAUUUGGCCCCCUUCUCAAACAAGCUCCCUCUCUAAUAACCCCCGCCACCCUUUUAAAGGAAGAAAUUUAUUAAGCUCUCUUCUCUAUUAAGCCUCCCCCCUCCCCCAUACAAAUACAUUAAUAUUGCAUUGAUUAGAAUUGUUGUCAUUUUAGAGAUUUUACGCAAUGCCACAGUUUUAUAAUUUGAGAUUAAAUGGUUAAUUUUAAGGCUAAUUUACCUGUGAUUACGGAACUGCAUGGUCAACAAGAAAAAUAUUUCUCUUUACCCAGUAUUGAAGUAUAUAAUAAGUACAUGUGUAUGUAAUACAUGUGUAAUAAUUAUUAUUAGCACUGAUGAAGAUCCGGGCUUACGGAUCGAAAGCUUUGCAGUAAUAAAUUUAUGUGGUGUUUCCACAAACAAAAGUAUUAUAUAUUUUCUCGCCAUGCAAACCUACAAAGAACUUAUUAAAAUACUUGAGUUUCUGUGCUGUUUUGUCGUGAAACGUUUCUGACUGAAACGUCGUGUAUCGAAGCCUGUCAUGCUUCCAAAGUACUCAAUGCCAAAACAGGUUACAUUUAUGUUUACUUUAGCUAUAAUCUCUGUGGUCAAUUAAAAAUCGAAGAACUCCCACCAGGUUGUUUGCAGGUAGGACGUUAUUUCCUUGCUGGAAACGAUAUAACUAGGAACCAAACUAAACCAAAAUUAUCGAGAUUUUUUUGCAUCUCGUUCGAUAUGACUAAUAGUAUAGAUGGGUUUCUUCACUUCUUUUAGAUCAGGGUUCGUAGAAAACUUGAAAGUCCUUGAAUGUCCUUGAAUUUGAAAACAAAAAUUCAAGGCCUUGAAUGUCCUUGAAUUUGUAAAGAAGUACUUGAAUGUCCUUGAAUUCUUCUUGCUUUAGUUUUUUUUGGAUAUUUUCUGAAAUUGCUUGACAUUCAAGACGGACAUUUUGUUGAACUGAUUUUGCAUGUUCAUAUCUGACCUCAUUAUAAAGUUACGUCUUGAACAAUUCAACGUCAUAUUUUGCUGAUUUCUAACGCCUUCUCUUCAGUAUUUAGUCGUUGCCUAGUGGCAGGAAACAAACCUAUGGCCCUAUUAGUCCUAUCGAACGAGGUGCUAACAUAUCUCGAUAUUUUCCCUUCUACUGGCAUCACCUACAUAUACAUGAAUUUGUGGAUAAUGUUCAGCAACUCGACUCUGUAACUCAGUUGGGUAGAGUGCUCCACUGGAAUCCCAGGGCCGCAGGUUCGAUUCCUGCUAGAGGGCCUAGAGUUGCUGGUCGGGUCUAAAAUGUAUACACAUUUACGUUCGAAAAUUCUUGAUGGAAGAAAAAUCCCAUCUAUACCAAACUUCAGGGUUCGUAGCGGUCUUUGAAAUCCUUGAAAGUCUUUAAAUUUGAAUGCAGGUCUUUGAGGUCUUUGAAAAGUCUUUGAAUUGUGUGAAAAAGCGAAGCAAGUCUUUAAAAGUUUUUAAAUUCUUUAGUUAGUAUUUGAUUAUUCGAUUUCCUAGCUAAUACAAUAGAUUGAUUGAAGCAAGAUUUUCGCAAAUAUCGACGAAAAGGUGCAUUUUAGGAUGUGAUUUGAAGGGACUAAUUACCGGGUAAAAAUGGUGCUUACACUCGCAAUUUUUCGACAGCUGAUUGCUCUCAAAGGUCUUUGAAAAGUCUUUGAAAAUAGGCAGAAAAAAUCUUUGAAAGUCUUUGAAUAUUUUUGGUUUUGGAGACUACGAACCCUGAAACUUAAUCUAACUUCAUUUUUAUUGGAUCACUGCAUCUCUUCUAAAAUACAUGCAUGUUCUCCCUAUGUAAGAUUUUAUAAGUCUGGUUAUACAUAAGGACCUUGAAAUGAUGUAAAGCUACAGCCUCGACAAAUACUGUUGGUAAAAUAUUACAAAAACCCAACUUUGGUGGAGUGUGCUCCACAGUACACAAUUUAGAAGUUUCUGUCUCGUGGCAACUGGACUCUGUAUUGAUUUGUUUGAUUGAUUUAGUCUUUAUUAUAAAAAUACUCAACAACAGACGCGCGAGUUUACAAUUCUAUGAGACCUACAUAUAUGCAUGGUAAAAACUACAAUAAAGCUACUAUUUAUACAAAGUUGAAAAGACUUCUGUUUAUGAAUGUGCGUUUAAAACGUUCUGUUCCUCGCUCUCUGGUAUAUCUUAUCUUUUUCGGGGGAAGAAGAUCGAAAAGGGGAUGGUCUUCAUUGGCAAUGAUAUUCCACAGUUUCUCUGUAACUCAGUGGUUAGAGCGACAGCCGCAGAGCGGCAGGUUCGAUUCCUAUGCGAGUGCCUGUAGUUGUAUUUUUCGAAAUUGCUUGAGUCUGCAUGCUUCCGGCUAUAUAGGUCUGAAAUAUAUGUAAUAUAGGUUUCUGCUUGAAAUUUCUAUCUUUUUUUAUAAUUCUGCUACAUUCAUUUCACUUCAAUGUUGUUUUCAUUUCUUCAGAUGGCGAAGAGAAAGGUGAUUCUAACUCCGACUCAAGGGAAGAAAACAGAUGCGAUGUCUGCUACAACUGAUAGUGAAGGAAAAUUUUGUUUCCAAGUUCAGCCUGGAGCAUAUCGUGUUCAGGUUAGUUCCCUUGUAUUUCUGGGACCGAUUGUGUCAAGGCUGCAUAACGUUAUCCACAAGGAUAGUGAGUUUUCAACCCUUUGUAAAAAUGCCCGAGAAGCCAAUUUUAGAAAGCUUAAAAUAUUCACUACCCAGGAAAUAGCGCUAUCUCGCCUUCAUACAACUGACUCCUGCUUGAUGUGCUCUGAUCAUUAAGGCUUAUUUAAAACAAGAAAAUGGACAACGGUUUUCAGUAAAAAAAUGGAAAAUUAGUAAUGAUCCUCUUUUUCAUAAAAUAUUUUUUCAUUGUUAAAUAGAGUUUAGUUUCUACUAUUGAGGACAAAUCGCUCCUUGAGAUAUUAAAACAGCAUUCUGAGACAUUUUAGGCAAGAGGAGCCAGUUCAUUGGGUGGGGAAAAUAAUUCCAUAGAGGGCAGUAUCAGCUCCUACUAGGGGGGGGGGGGGUGUUACUGCAGGCCCUCCCUUUCUAGGCAUACAAAUGAUAUCAGAAAGGGAGGGAUUCAACAACCUGAAAAGUACAAGUAAAACUUGGACGUUUCGAGCUUCGUCAGAGGUUACUAACUUCCCGACGAAGUCCUUCGCUCGAAGUUGAAUCGCUCUCAGUCCUCAGCUUUCUCUGGUGUUAAGGCCCAGUACAAUUUGAUUGGCUGACACAAAUUUUCCGUCGGAAAAAAAUUUUUGAAGUUGAAAAUGUUCAACUUUUAACAAUGAUAUUUUCGGAAAAUUUUCUGUCCAUGGAGAAUUUUCCUGAGUGGAAUUGGGCCUUAAUUGUCACUGCCGACGCUGGAACACACCGUUCGAGUUUAUAUACAAGUGAUAUGCCUGCAAAAUUAUUAACUUUGAUUUAGAUAAAACGUAAAAUAUUUUAUUUCUGGGAGGCCCGACCUUUCCAGGUAUACAAAUUAAUAUCCCAUGCACAAAAUGCCCCCAGCUUGUAUGCUAAGAUGCCUACCUUUGUAGUAUACAAAUAAUUUACCGACAAGAUGAUCUUAUGAUCGUAUCUUACUUCAUGCUAACAUUAAACCGAAACUUUCAGCCUGUUGUACUAACGCAAGAGCAGAAUGCUGGCUUGAUUUUGAAACCUGAAGAACACAAUGUUCAAAUUGUUAACGAACCACGUUUGGAUGCAACGUUUAAGCAAUUCUUAGCAAGUGUCAGUGGAACAGUACAAUGUUUAGGUUGGUAUGACUGUUUGAAACACGGCGUCGCGGUUACUUUGCGAAAUUUUGAGGCUGUAUGUUUAGGAUACCAACAUAGAUAUUCCUGCAGAUUGCUACAAAGUAUAACCUUUGAAAACUUUAUGGCUCAAAUUUCAUGAUUUUUAAUAAUAGGCUACUGUAUUCACUCGUUUAAGCGCCGCGGCGCUCUUUAAAUUUUUAGAGCUUCAGAUGCGGCGCUCAUUCGGGGGCGGCGCUAAAUCGGAGGCGGCGCUCUUUAAAAAAUAUUUUAUUUGUGAAUUAUGACAAGAACUCUUAUCUAUAAAAUAGACAAGUUUUAAAAGGUUUUUGUUACUAAAUGUCCCCAUUUUGACGGCGGAAAGUUUUUACACUGUUUAAAAAAAUUUGAUCUCAAAUGCGCGCUCAAUCGGGGGCGGCGCUCAAUCGAGUAAAUACGGUAUUGAAAUUUCAUGAUCGAAAUCUAAAUUUGUAAUUUUAGUUUCAAGGUAAUGUCAGUGACCGCGGAGCCAUGUUUGGAUUUGGUGUUGGGCUCUAGCGAACACCGAAGUCCACGUUCUAGGGGUCCAUGCUCCCCCGGGAAAUUUUGAAAUCUGAGACCUCUCAGAGCCCUGGAAAUGCAAUCAAAUUUACUAGUUUCUGGUAAAAAGUUUCUUGAACAACUCUUAAAACGGGAAAAUUUAUUCGCUUAGUAAUAUGUUGGCAACCGAAAUUCGCACCCCAGAUAUUUCGCAAAGUCCGCCUCAACAACAUUGCAGAUUGUGCUACUUACUGUAAAAUAGUGCUGCUAACAGUAAAAUAUUAAUUUUCUUUUUUCUUGAAAUUUGUUUGUUAUUCCUGUACACUCCUCCUAGUUCAUUGUCAGAAAAUAUUUUUUAGAUGGAGCAUGUGGCAGUUUGAGUAUCUCACUUGUGUCUCGACGUCAAGCUGAUCAAAGGAAGGUCACAGCUAUGGUAAGAACGAGAGAUAAGCAGGCUGACUGUUAAUACAUUAGGCAACAAUAUGUAUUGUUAACAACUACAAUAUAGGAAGGUGAAAUACACAAUAUAUUAGGCAAGUAAGUAUUGAGCAACAGAAUUGCUGCUGCAUGUAUGCAAGAAAAGCUGAUUUUCAAGUACGUUAAUUAAAUGUUCACUGUUUUGUAACCUUUGCGUGUGAACUAUGCGUUGAAAUCAGCAGUUUUGAAAUCAGAAAUUACGUUGCUCCUAUUACUUUAUUUUCACACAAUUCACACAGUACCCCUCAAUAGUGAUUUGUCGUAAUAAUUGAUGAGGAAAACACAAAGAAAAUCAUAAGCGUGUCGUAUCUUUAUAUGUGAUAGAGAUUUCCCUUGAUUUACAUAAACUUUAACGUUGAUUUUCUCGACUUACACAACGUGUUUUUUGAAAACUACUUCGCCAAUGAACUUACUAGAUUUUCUGUUGUACCACAGGUCAAAGAUGGAUCAAAAGGAGGCUCGUUUAUCUUCCCCAAAGUUCUUCCAGGAAGUUACAAAGGUAAGUGAGACUUUUCAAAUGACGUCAUUGCUAUCCCUCUCUCAACUUACUUGCGCCAUAAAGUCAUCGGAUACUGCAUGAAGAACAGUCUAUCCCAUCAGUUCAACAACACUGAAUGCAAGGUUUACUUUACCUUACUGUUGAAUCUCUGAACACAUGUUUACUGGGAAGAACCGAUCCUUCCAACAACAAAAUGAAUCGAGUUUACUCUGACUAAUUUAAAUAUAGGUCGUGAGAAGAAACUGGCACAAGUUAAAACCAAAACGUCGCCUCACUGGCGCGCAGUCUAGCAAUAAAUAAGUGUCCACUUGAAUUCGCAAAUUCCAAUUAUCACAAGUAAAAACGGAAAAUAGACGCAAAUUGUACGGAGCGUGUCAUGUUUCGCUCGUGUUAUCGCGUUUGAAGGUUGAUUACAGGAGAAGGCACCGUUCUUUCAUUACGCAAUCAGCGACUUUAGCCCAGUUAUUUACUUAUUUUCCCGUCGUGUUUAAGACAGCACUUUCCUCUCUUUACUUCGCUCAUUCCACUCCUGACAAUCUGCCAUCUUUUUGAGAUCUUAGGGGAGUCAACUCAUGAAUCAUAGCUACGUGCCUGCUAUCCAUUGAUGGACUUUUCACUCAGUUUUUCAUAGCUGAGCGGAAUAGUACCUUCUCCACGGCUAUGCGCUUCCUGUGUGCAUGGUAAUGACAGUCCAGGCUUCAAUUUUUAGAUUAACAUAUACCACCAUACACACUACACGAAUUGCAGUAUGGUCACAAACUACUACGGUAUAUUUCACCUUGUUUUCCCUUUUAUACCAUAUUUAGCUGUCGUACUUCAAGACUUGUGGUGUUGGAAGAACAAAUCUCUAGAUAUUGUCAUCCAAGAUAGUGAUGUUGAUAACAUUCAGUUUAUUCAAUCUGGUUACGUUCUCAAAUGUUCUCUUACACACAAUAUAACACUGGUAAGUAAAUGAGAUAUUUGGGAGGAUUUAUUUGUCUUUUAGUUUUAUGUUUUAUUUUAUGAAGUUUGUCCCAACCCAGUGAGCUUCAUAUAAACCGGAGUGAGAACUCGAGUCCAAAAAGUGAAUCCGAGAUGAAGGUAUCGGACGUCAGUUCCAGUCCCUUUCUAUUGUUUAUUGUUGCGCGGUCAAACACGAAGCUGCAAGAAGUGUGCCGAAAUUUCGUCUUUUGACUUCGUGUUAAAGAAUAACACUAUGGUUUUAUGAACUGAUAAAUUGUUUAGCGAUACGGUCCGUUAGAAAAACUGGAAGUAGCUGGGAAAAUGAUAUGAAAACUGUUUACGACCUUCAUAGAUUUGGACAUCAAUUUCCACUAUCUUGGCUUAACUUUUCUCAUGGACCGAAUGACUGAAAUUCUUGCUCCAGAUAUAUAGAGAGCUAACUUUCCCAGCGCCAAAAGCUGCCAAAUAUGUAAAGCCUUCCCCUGGAUACAUUUACCCCAAGAGCUUAGAGCUCAUCGAGGGGGUUCAUGUUAACAUAAAUUACAAUAUUACAUUACAAUUACCACCACAAGUACAGACAAAAAAGGAUCGCUUGGCAAUUGCAUAAACAUCCUAUGCGAAACGUGCAGAACUACCAAUAUAUAGCAUUGUACUUCAGAGAAAAUUGCAGCAUUUACUUCAAAACUUAGAUUUCUUGAACCAUGUAAUAGAAUGUCCACUUGUUGAGAGAUAUUCAAAACGUUCCAUAUAUUUCCGAUGUUUCUAUUUGAAUACCGUAGUAUUAUAAAGGUCAAUUAAACUUUUUCUGAGGCGAAGCAGUGGGUGAAACAACGAGGCGGAAUAAUGAGGCGAAGCAAAACAUGUGCGCGCUCAUUUUAGCCGGAACGACGUAAUAACUGGAUUGAAAAUUAUUUACAGUAUCAUAAACUUGUUUUGUUUCAAUUCAUAUUUGUGGAAAUUGUCAGCUGGCCAUGGUUCUUACCCCAAUAUCUGUUUUUGAGACGCAUGAUUUUGUUUGAAACGCUUAUAUCGUAGUCGGUCUGUGAAAACCGGUUUUAAGUCCGAUUUAAACCACACCAACGUAGGUGAGUUGUGUUCUUGAUUUACACAGUACAACUCAAGCAGGUUGCAUGCGAUAGUUUUAGGCAAAAGUUGUGUACACGGCUAAAAACGCACAGGUUGUUGCAAGUUGAUAUCGACAGGCGUGAACAAUGUUGUGCGGCCAACUAUGAACAUGUUGUCAACCAUGUUGUUCCAAGUUGUUACAGUUGAACAAUGCUGUAACAACAUGUUGACAAUACUGUUCAUAGUGGGCCGCACAACCUUGUUCACGCCUGUCGAUAUCAACUUGCAACAAGUUGUUGAUUUUCGCAAUUUUUACGCGUGUAGUGUCGCCAUUUACGCAAUUUUUAUUCUGAGUCACUUAGCGUUUCAUUAAAUGAUGUCACAGGCAGCAUACUAAUUGGUUACCCACAAUUCCGUGUUCUUGCGCAAGCUAUAAAAACGCUCUGAUGUCAUAAUACAGUUUGUCAUAAUUGAUUGAUUCAGACUGUGCGCUUUUCAUUACGUCUCGUGGAAAUUUUCCAAACUUUUUUGAAAUGAAACAAAUAUGGCUGAUGCGGAGCAUGACAAUGCUUGCAAUGUGAGAAUUCUGCUGGAAUGAUUAAAAUUCACAAUUCCUAAUGGUUUCAUUGAAACCGUCAAGAAAAAUUUAAACAACCCAAAUCUCGUGUCGAAGAGCUUAAAACUUUAUUGGGUGAACAGAAUAAAGGUAAUAUUACAAUUUAUCUUGAAACUAUUUUGUAAUGCUUUUCAAUUUAUCAUGAAACAACGCUAAAUGUUCCAUUUAAUAUUUUCUAUUGAUUUACAUUGUUUUAUUGACUGAAUUUAUUAGAUGAAAAAACAUUUCGGUAUUGUCUUGCAUGGGUUCUUCAAAAGCAAGUGCGUGAGUAAUGGCUAGUGUGAGUGUUUUAUUCUGCAACAUGUGAUAUCUCCCUCGCCAUAUUGCGACGCAUGCAGUCGUCAAAGUAUCAAUAUUUUCGGUGACGUCAUAUGUUCAGGUUGAUAUGAGGCGGUCUGUUCUCCAAAGUAAGAUAUCAAAGUACGAUAGUUCGAAAUUCAUUCAAGUUCACAAUUCUUUGUAUUAAUUUAAGUGAAGUUCCAUCAAAUACAAACAUAAAAUCUGGCAUUUUUUCCAGCUGCUCUAAAUGUUCAAGGACAUCUUUAUGGUGAAGUCUUAAUGCCCUUGCUGCCUUGCGAGAUGCAUUCCAGAUCAUGCAUUUACUAUAUAGUACGAUGGGUUCCAAACCAUAAAUUUCGAUUUCCAUUUCUCCUCUUCAGGUAGCAUAGGCAAUCAUAUUGUCGUUGACUCUGAGGGUUCUGAACUUCACUUGCUACGGCAUCAGCAAAUAUUGCUUCAUCCAGUCUUUAUAAUUUUGGUAUAAAUCAGACGACAAAACUUCAUCUACUGGUACAUUAUCUACCCAAGUAAAUCUUCCAGAUUUACGUAAAAAACUCAUUUUCUUCUUCUGCUUUUCUACUGCUUAACUCCCAAACAAUACUAUAACGCAAAGGUUAAAAUUGCACGGCUGUUUCAAUUUAUAGGGAAAUCUUUUGCACAAUAUUACUGCUUACUUUAUACAAGAACCCAUUCAGGUAUUAUGUUGGUCCGGUUAAUAUAGGCGCACGCUGAUGUAUUGCUCCGCCUUAUUAAUGAAAACUGUCUAGCUGAACAGCUACAGCGCAUGUUCAAAAAGUGACCGUAAUCGGAAAACGGCCUUUCAUUUCGGGUUACUGCUUCGCCUCAGAAAAGGGUUGAUCGGCCUUUUUGAUACUACUGAUGACCAAUAGGAUUCAACAUUGGUUAUGAGGGACAUUUUUGGAAAUAAAAACGUUAGGCGCCCAUAUGUGUUAGCACACGCGUGUUCGGAAUAUGUUGUGUCGUUUUCUUGAACAUUUUAAAUAACACUGGCCUUAUCAAUUUUUUAAACUAUUUUUACAUUUAAAACUAUUUUAUAUAUAAAUAUAUAUUUAAGAAGUUUAAAAACUUCUUCAACUCACUAAUGAUUUAUACUUGUGCCGACUUGAAAUUCGCAAGUUUUCUCGUGAGUAAAAUAAUAAGAAUAAAUUCAUCUCAAACAACAGUUCUCCAACGCUUUUGCUUGUCUAUUAACAUUCUGAUCUUUUUUGUUUCAUAUCAAUCUUUUUCUAGCAUUUUGCUCUAGAAGGUAGCUCUGAAGUUGUUGGCUCAUUUAAUUUAACAAAAGGAGUUAAUAUAUUCUGUUUGAAUGAACCAGGUACAGUACUGAAGAAUGGGACAAUGUUUACUCAGGUGUGUCAAAACGUCUCGAGGUUUCUCAAAUUGCUAUGUUGUAUUUUCCUUGCUUCGUAGGAAUAUAUACACUGACUCCAAGGUCUUGCCACCGCUUUGAUCAGGAUUCCUAUAAAUACAAUACGUAAGUGACAUUUGUCAGAGCUUAAUUUUUGUGUACGUUAUUGUUAGCUAAUAUAAUUUUUACUUAUGUUAAUAUAUGGCUUUGAUUUUAUGAAUGUAAGAGAAGUGAAAUGGAUACCUGCAGAUUAAUAUUUUUUUGUUAUUUAUUGUAGUUCAGCUCAGACCGUUUUAACCUUUACCGCCAAGAAACAUUUAUUGUCAAUGACAGUUCGUGCAAGUCAGCUUGCCAAAGAUAUCAAAUUGAAGAUUAAGUAAGUAACCACAAUAUUGUCCUCAAGUACCUGACGUUUUCAGCAUCGCCAUACGUUUGUCAUAGUAUUUAGUUUCUCUUCCUGUUUCACAUUAAAAUAAGUUUCAGGAAAACACAUGAUAACAAUAUAUAGCACCGUUGAAUAUACAUUAAUGUAAUAUGCCGUAAAUCCUCGUGUAAGUCCCUUCUCCAUUAGGCCUCCCCUCUCUUAUAAACCCCCUUCUCUAAUAAGCCCCUUCUCUAACAAGCUGCCCAUCUCUAAUAAGCCUCCUUCUCUAACAGGCCGCCCAUCUCUAAUAAGCCCCCUUGUCUAACAAGCUGCCCAUCUCUAACAAGCCCCUUCUCUAAUAAGCCCCUUCUCUAAUAAGCCCCCUUCUCUACUAAGCUCCCUUCUCUAAUAAGCCCCCUUCUCUAAUAAGCCCCCUUCUCUAAUAAGCCCCCUUCUCUAAUAAGCCCCCUUCUCUAAUAAGCCCCCUUCUCUAAUAAGCCCCCUUCUCAAAAAGGCUAUUUUCCCAAUUUAUGUCAUGUUAACGUGAAUAUUUUCGAGGAAAAUAUCUUUGAUAUCAUUAUGUUUGCAGACAUCUAAAGGGAAAUACUGAAGAGAUUGUUGAACCAAAACUGAAAGUAAAUAAACGUGAGUCGGGUGGCAACGAUUCUGAGGUCAAAGAAGAAGAAAAGAAACAACAUUUGUACGAGGUUUCAUACUGGGCAAAGUAAGAAUAUAUUUAAAAUAUUAUUUAACUCGAAAACGAUAUGGGGGGUCACCGAUGUCGUUUACGCGUUAAAUUACUUUAAAGCCAAAAUAUCCACGAUGAUGAAACGUCAUUGUUGCCACUGCAACGGCAUUUGCGUAAACAUUUAUGAAAAUAGAUAUGCUGUUUUGCAGAAAUAAGAUGCUUUUUGUUUUUCGACAAGUAAUACUUGUCCAAAAAUACGGAUCUAAAUCGCAAAUUUUCCAAUUUUAAAAAACUGACUGUAUCGAGCCAUCUUAACUUGUUACUAAGAAAGACAUGGGUAAAAACGUAUAUGAACAGUUGGUAGGGUAUUGUUUUGUAUUUUUUGUCAUGAUAGAUCUCUUGUUUUAGUACAUUUUGAUCCUAAUUUUUCGAGAAUCAAACCAAAUUCAUUAGUAAUGUGUGCUUCUUUUGUGUUGAAAGGAAAGAUGAGCAACUUGAAGUCACGCCUGUUUCAUCAGAUUUGCUCUUCUAUCCUCCUGUUAAGACUGUCACAAUGAAAGGUUUGUUAAUGAAGGCAUGAAACGCUUUUCAAACUUACCAUAAUUCCGCAAUAUUGUAAAUUAGUAUUUUUGCACAAGUGAAUAUAACAAAUCCUACAAGUUGAUUGGUCAAAUUUGGCGUAUUAAGCUGUUAUAUUCACAUACAAGUGAAUAUAACAAAACCGAAAUUUGCAAAAUGGCGGCUAGCCGUUUUGUAGAAGUUACUGAUAAAGAAAUAAGAGAAAUUAAAAUAAAUUCAAUCCCAAAAAACACAAAAGACUUGUGUAAAAAUACUAAAACAAUUAUUCGCCUCAGGCUCGGUGAUUAUCGGGGACUAGUCACCUCGACUUCGUUUUGGUGAAUAUUCUAAAACUGUCUGUACCAGUGUAGGUAGUACCAAUGUAAAAAUGCUGUGCUGAGUGGUUAUAUUACUACCUUAAAAAAUAAGCAAAAGGCCCUUCAUUCACUAACUCUUGACGAAGGGCCUUCGAUCGAAACGUCGAGUUUCUGCUUAUUUUUUAAGGUAGUAAUAUAACCACUCAGCACAGCAUUUUUGGUGAAUAUUCCCCGAUAAUUACAGUACCUCGCCUUCGGCGAAUAAUAGUUAAUUAUUAUGGCCUAGAUGUGCUGCUGCGAAUUUAAAUUGCCAUCAAUCAUCACAUGUUUGACUUUUAGAUGCUUCAACUUUAGUCCCCGGAAUUUUUGGAUUAAAUAUGUACAAAUUUGCCAUCUUUCCCCGUUACCAGCAAACGACUGGGGACCAGGCAGCAAAUUUGCUUUAGUAAUAGGCAAUUACACUUUCAUGAUUAGAAAAAGCCUUGUUUUAUAUAGCGCAACUAUUCGGUACUCUUCCUCCCACAUGUGUCCGUCAUUUUCACAAUGUCCUGUUUCACGUGACGAUACUUGCAUGCAACUGCACCCUUAACCUCUUUUCUAGGCUCUUCCUUCGUUCCUCGGCUCUACCCUUCUCCUCGAGAGAGAAUAGCUUGGGAUCGAAGUUGCUCUACCCUUCAUGUGUACACUAUACACUGACUAGCGGUGUCUUCAUUCCUUAAUAUAUAUUCAUAAUUUAUAUAUAUAAAGGACUUUUUAUAAAAUACUUAAACUUGAAUGGCAUCAGAAACGUUUGGGAAUAAAUAUUUUCACGGAACUGAUCCCUUUUGAUUCAACGUAUAAUUCGCCCCUUACUUUCGGGGGGAGCUCAGGGUCAUUGUGGCUACAUAUUCGUGGGGUCGCUACUUACGGAGGGGCUAUACUUUUCGUUUGUUAAAUUAUGUGACAUGCUGUUGAGUAUUCCUCUUUGGUCUUUUUUAUCCAUUGUCUAUUUACCACAUCUAAUUUGCUUUACUGAUUUUUUCUCGUACAAUUUCGACUUCGACUGUUUUCCACUAAACACGUAAAAAGUAUCACUUUCGAGUUAACAAAUAAUCCGUGAAAUAAUAUCUUCUAUUACAGACAUUGUGAGGGUACGCAAAAUACUGAUAUUCUGACUGUACUCUUUGUAUUUACAGAUGCAUGUCCUGGAGGAAGUGUAGAAUUUGAUGGUCAAGUUGGUGUAUUUAUUGAUGGACGUAUUGAUCCACCAUUGGAAAAUGUUCAAGUAUUAAUUCAAUCUGAUUCGAAAGAGGAAUCUAAAGAGACCUUGACUGUGUAUAGUAACGCUCAGGGGAUAUACAGGUAAUCUCACAUACUGUUAAGAGAAUCACUCAUGCUUCGAGACCUGCUUGUUCUUCCUGCACGUAGCGAGGCAGCACACUAUUCUUGACAGUGGUAACUUUUCUCCGGAAUUCACUCGGUCGGUCGAUUUGGAUAGAUGUCUGGUCGAUGGCUGUCUGUUUCAAUAAGAGAACGUAAUAAACGGAUGUCCAUUCCAAUUAGCAAAUUCAAAUUAAAUGUAAAAUAAAUAGAAAGAUAGACGGAAAUUCUACGGUGCGCGCGUGUUAUGUACUUAUGUUUCCAUUUGGUCGCGUUAUCUGACUAUCUGAUCUCAGUUAUAUUCUAGGACUAAAUUAUAUUCUUUCAAGAACAGUACAUGUAAAAUGUAUCUGUUUUUAAGCGCUUCAGCGAAAAGCAGUCCCCUUCAUGAUGUUAUUGGCGUUUUAUACAGCACCAUUGUGUGCUCAGGCUUUUUCCUGAUUUAUCUUUUGAGAGUGUCAUGUUUUAGAAAUAACUACCGUAAACUUCCGAAUAUAAGCCCUGCAUGCAGGGCUUUUUUACGGGGGUACUUAUAUACGGAUGACAUGUUAGUCAUAGUAUUUAUUGUAAACUAUACCGUGAAUGAAAAGAAAUAUAAACUUACAGUAUAUAAUACAUAAUGAAGCAAGUUGGUUAACACAUUAUAAUACUGUAAAUGUUAACACCACCUGAGUCAAAUGCCAGCUUUGCUCGAUAUACAGUGAUCCCAAACCGAAAGUAACGUACAACAGAAAUAGGCCCUAAAUCACGAGAGCAUGCAUGCAUUAGCAUUCAUUAACAUGUAUGCAAAGGCUUGAUCCUAUGCUCUUUUCUGGUUGUUUUUAGAAAAUUAAUUUGCUAGUUCGACGUUAGAUUCUCUGAUUGAAAACCGUAAUUUCCUAACCUAAACAGUUUUCAAAACGUCAACUUGCUUUUUCCAUUCCUGGUAUUCAUAGCAAAUUCAAAAGAUGUUGGGGAUGUGUAUUGUGCGCGCUCAAUUUUAUUAUUGUGUCAUUUCCAGAGUUGGCCCUCUUCAUGGAAACCUGAGAUACGACCUGGUAUGUAAUAUAAUGAUAGGUUUUCUACAUUGGUAAGCUAUAAAUUAAUUAAGCUAUAUAUUGCAUGAAAUUUAAGGCCAAAACGUUUAAAGAACUCAACAACAAAGCAACCUAAUUCCCCCGCCCAAAUAUUUCGCCAAGUGUCCGUCACUGAGCUGAGCCUCCCAAUAACGUGUUAAUACUGUACUUCUCUCAAUGACGUGGUAUUUGUUCUUGUUUCGUAUAUAAAACCAGAACUAUUCGUCCUCAACCAUUGCCCGGGUUAUAUAGCAAAUUCUUAAUCCUAUUUAAAUAUACAACUUCGCAGAAUAGUCAAAAUCAAGGAGGGAAAAUUUGUUCCUAGUGGCCUUCAACAUUGAUUUCGUGAUGUAUUCCUAUCUUUCCCUUUAAUUUAUUAUCAAUGAUGUGAAUUAACCAAAUAAUAUCAAUUUUAAGGUUUGAUCUUGUUAUCGUCGAAUCUAGCUCCGUCUGAGUAGAUAAUGGCGUUGUGUAUGGACAAAUAAAUUGUUUAGAAGUUUAUUAUAUAGCUACCUUUAAUAACAAAAAGGUCUACUUUGUUUCACAUAUCGAGAUUCUGCCGGCUUCUCGUUCGACAUAACUGAAUGUAGAUGGUUUAUUGGAAGAUGAAAUUUUCAACGAGUCGUAUACGAUUUGGUUCCAAGGGUGGGUAGUAGCGAAGUAGUUGUAGUUCGCUACUGUAGCGAACUACAAUUUUCAAGUAGCCAGUAGUUUUUGACUACUUUUGUAAAACAGUAGCUGUAGUUGUAGCGAACUACAUUUUGCCUAAAAGUAGCCAAAUAGUCGACUACUUUUCAAACAGUGAAUCGCUAUUCGCUACUUUUUAAAAUUGUUAGCAACCGUCCAUAGAAUAGAAUGAUGAUAAGACACGGUUUGCUUAAAAGAUUAUUUUAUACAGUAAAGAUUAUUUUAGCGCAAUGAAAAGUGGUACUCCUGAACACUGUAGUACUUAUAAAAAUGUUGCUUUGAGCCUUUUUGUUUACUGUUGCUACUCGUAAGUCGAUUUGUUAUAGGUUAUAUUACAGCCUGAGCUAGUGGAUGCUUAAAAUACCGUAAAACUAAAAAAUAUAGAGUAGCGAAAUAGCGAAAUAGUUCGCUACAUUUUUUAAGCAGUAGCUGUAGUCAGUAGCGAACUACCUUUGUUCAAAAGUAGCAGUAGUUGUAGCUGACUACAUAUUUUUGAAGUAGCUGUAGUUAUAGCGAACUACAAAAAUUUUGUAGUCAACCCACCCUUGUUUGGUUCCUACCUGCAGAGGGCCUAAAGUUGCAUUUUUCGCAGAUGCUCCCAGUUAGGUCUAAAAUUGAAUAUAAGUUUUUGUUCGAAAAUUCCAUCUACUAAAAUCCGAUCUGCAUUCUACUUUGUUUUGAAGUAUUUGUAUUGAAAUGUUAAGUAAACAGAAAUUCAUUUGUUUAUUUUUCUAAUUGGGUUUAAUUUUAGUCGGCGUCAAAAGAAGGAUAUAUUUUAAAUCCUGUACAGGGAGAGAAAGGCCAUUUCAAGGCUGUCAAAUUAGGACAAAUAGAAAUCAAGGUACAUUUGUAAGAACAUUUCUGUUUAUUUUUUAAAUUUGGUUUUUAAUAAUUUAUGUAUAUAUAGGAGCCAGUACAUAAUUUAAUGACCCAGCUUAAAUUAUUUUUUGUUGGUAUGAUAUUUUACAUUCAGCUUCAAACAGUUACUGGAACACAUUUAAAUGUAAUCCAAUGCGAUUUUGAUUAAAUUGACAUGUCCUAGAGAUAAAUUGAAUUUUCGCCCAAUGAAGGACUGGAUUAAAAUAAUGCACCUGGCUGAAACUUCGUGGAUGAAACUUCAUGUUUCCGAAAGCGGUGGUAGGUUUAGUACCCUACUACCUCCUGAUCAAUGCAUUAUUACUGAGUAGUUCUAGAGAUUCGCUACAUAAUUGACUCGAGGUCCAUUUCAACCUACAGGGUGUAUAAAAAAAACAACUGAACAGAUUUGAAAUUGCUCUCAAUUUCGCAAAACAGCUAUUAGUAUCCAGGUUUUAAUAUAUAUAUAGCUUCUUUGGGUACUUAAACUCAAAGUUUGUAAACCAGGGGGGGGGGGGUGUCUUUUCCAACAAACUAAAAAUGCCUUGCGACGCGAUUCAGGAGCUUUAAUUGUAUUUGGAGUUAAUGGGUGAAAAAUGUGUUGGGUGUUUAAUUGCUGCACGAAAUUUCAGACAAUUUGCUUCAGUUUAAGCCCUUCAACUAUUCACGCAAACUUACAUUUUGCAUAAUUAAGCAUGCGAAAGGCUGAUUUUUUAGGAAAAAAUGAAUAGUUAAAGGGCUUAAACUAAAGCAAAUUGUCUGAAAUUUUGGACAGUAAUUAAAAACCCAACAAAUGUUCCAUCCAUUAACUCAAAAUACGAUUAAAUCUAUUAAAUUUCGUGCGCAAACCAUUUUUAGUUUGUUGGAAAAGAAACACCCCCCUGGUUUACACAAUUUGAGUUCGAGUAUUUUUUCAUUAUUCUACAUUAUGGGUACUCUAGGAAUCUAUAUAUAACAAAAACGUGAUACCACGAGCUGUUUUGCGAAACUGAGAGCAAUUUCAAAUCUGUUCAGUUUUUUUAUACACCCUGUAUAUAUAGGAGCAUUCACACAACGUUUGUCAAUUAAUACAUUUUCAUUUUCCUUCAGGUGUCUGAUGAAUCACGCAAUCUCUUAUCGGGAGUCUUGGUAUCAUUAAGUGGAAGCAGCUUUCGUCAGAAUCGUAUCACGUCUGAAAAUGAGUCAUUAAUAUUUUCUAACUUGGUAAGCCAUGUUCUUAUCUAAAAUGUCUUGGGGGUAAUAACAUGUCGUGGCAUCCAGUUAGAGUCAGCCUCUAAAUUCGCUCAUCCCGCGUUGAAGGAGGAUGGAAGAUCAGAUCUGCGAGCAUUUUGUUUUAAUAGAGCAUUCCUGUUUGCUUUUGCGUCCUAUUCUUCUGUUAAAACUCUUUAUCGGCAGGCCCAAAUUUCGAUUCAAUUGUUUCUAAUGUAAAUGUAUCUCGGCAACUAUUUACCCCCCUUUACCCACCGUUGAAAUCCUCACAACAUAAUCUUUUCAACGGGGAGUUUGAAUGCCAUUCCCACAGCGCGAGUUUUAAUAUUUUUUAUGAAGCGAAUUUGCGAGACUGAGGAUGAGUCGUCAGCCUCCAAAUAUGGUUUAACAGAUAUAACUCGUAUGGGAACGUACUCAGAUAUAUGACAUAAAGGAUUUCAGGACCUUAAAAUAAUAGAAAUUCUUGCAUGUCACGCCUAUACCAAAUAUUCAUGAUGUUGUGUGAAGGAUUGAACCAAGUGAGAAAUACAGACUUUGUCUUUGUCUGGAUAUUAGUAGUGAAUAGCUGCACAUGUGUGAACUGAAAGAACACUGAAGGCAAUGGGUAAAAAUAGGGGUUGUUGAACAAAAACGAUGCAUGAAUUUUGAUCAAUAAUUUUAGGUUCCAGGUGAAUAUUUUUUCAAACCGGUACUCAAGGAAUUUGUCUUUUCUCCAGUAUCUCAGGUGAGUCAAAUAUCUACACAGUGUUGAUUAUAUAGUAAUGUUAAAUGUGGAUGAUAAUAAUGGUAUAUGUGAAUGAUAACGUUAUAUGUGAAUGAUAUUAUACUGCAUGAGUGAUAAUAAUCAAUGGUAUGUGCACGAUAAUAAUGGUAUGUUAGAAUGAUAACAAUCAGUUUAGAUAUCUUUCAUUCAAACAUGUUUAUGAGCAGGAUUUUUUCUCAGAUAUAAAUCUCUGUUUCUCUCAUGAAUUAUUAAUGCUCUUUAACUGUCUUCAGAUCGUUCAACUAAAAGAAGGAACAACGGUUGUUGCAACUUCCGAAGGCAAGAGAGUGGCAUUCAGGUAUUAUUUAGUUAUUAAACAAGUCUCAAACGGAUUUACAUUAAUUUUUUGAAUGUACUGCAUGCGGUAGGUCCAAAGUUAUCAUCGGGUAAAUAUUUCCAUUAUUUGUGUUACCUUGGUUGCAUGUGAUUAUAGGGAUGGAUUUGGAGGGAUGACCUGGGAUGGGUUUGCAGGGGGGCUAUUUUUCAUGAUAAAGCAAAAAAUUAGAGACAAAAUGAGAUACAGUAAUUUGAGUAAUAACAUGAUGAUAAGCGAACUGUGAACAACAAUUACAAUUCAAAUACAAUAGUCAAGCAAGACUUUGCAGUAGUCAAGCAAGUUGAUGGCCGUGCGGCACACAUGACCGACACAACUCGGCACCAGAGCUGGCAGAGCACCCCCCUCAUCAUGCUGGAUCCAAUGGCCCUGUUCCCGACGAAGGGCCUUCGCUGGAAAUGUAGUUUUAGGUAGUUGAAUCCCUAUCCAUCUCAAUUUUCUGGUUUUUAUGGUACUACCUACGUUGGUACAGAUCGUUCGAAAUAAUGAUCGUGUAUGUUGUUUUCCCUUGGUAUAUAAUUUACGAUUCAAUAUUUGUAAAGCUUAACUGCUGUUGGAAGCCAUGCUAUACUAGUGGCUUUCUUCGUAUAUUUUAUUAUAAAGCGUUCAGUUGGUUAUUGCUUUCAUACACGGAAACAACAUCGCAAGCCAGGCUCUUUACUUGCGCUUCCCUCCCAAACACGCUGCUGGAGCGUGUUUGGGAGGGAAGCGGAAGUACACACGCAAAAAUCUCACAUCUUGUAACAAGUUUGUCAACAAGCCGUCAACAAGUUGUGUUCGCACUGCUUGUCACAAGUUGCCAACAAGUUUGGAACAAGCUGUUAACAGUUUGUAACAACCUUGUUGAUAUUAUCAGGCUUGUUACAAGGUUGUUCGAACAAGUCCGAUACAGUCAUGAUAUAGCAAUAUUGUUACAACCUUGUGUCGUCAACCUUGUAACAUUCUUCUUUAUCAUGACUGUAUCAGACUUAUUAGAACAACCUUGUAACAAGUCUGAUAAUGCCAUCAAGCUUGUUCCAAGUUGUUAACAGCUUGUUCCAAACUUGUUAGAACAACUGGGAACAAGCAGUGCGAAGACAACUUGUCAACAGCUUGUGAACAGAUUUGUAACAACUUGUUUACAGACCUGUAACAACUUGUGCGUUUUUACGUGUGUAGAGAGCCUGUCUUGCGAGGUUGACACGGAAACAUUACCUCUUGUAGUUGUUAUGGUUCUGUUACGACACUUAAUGGAAGACCUGAAAAAGAUGUUGCUUUAGAGGUGAGAUCUUAUAUUGCUUUCUUGAAAGUGUUCAGACGGUGAAUCAUUGACAAAAUCCUUUCAAACCGCCCAGCUGAAACAAUAAGUGAAUGGACUAGGGAUGUAUAAAACUGCUGUUGAAGGACACAUGCACUGCCACAAAAGGGAGAUGAUUCGACAAAACACUGACAGAUUACAGAUAUUUCACAGCACACUCCCUAUCAGGGCUUUUCAGUGACUGGUUACAUUAUGAAUAGAUAGAUAGAACCGAUUAUAAUCUUCGCAAUACUUAUACUGACCUUACCCUUGCUAAGCCAAAACGAGAAUUUCUAAAAAAAAGCUUUAAGUAUAGCGGAGCUAAAUUGUGGAAUAGUCUUCCUUCUGAUGCGAAGCUAGCGCAAUCAAUUUAUUCUUUUAAAAACUGCCUGAAAGUUUCACGCUAACAUCUUCUAAUAUACUGUAUAUGCAUGCUUUAGAAAUAUGGGUCACACCGUUUGGAACUUAAUUCUUGUAUUGUAAAUAGUUGUAUAUAAUUCUUUAUUCUUUUCUAUAUCAUAUUUGUAAUUUUUAAUAGUAACAGACGUCCCUCGUGAAAAUCAACAAAUCGUUGACGAGGCUAACGUCUUUAAAUAAAGUUUACAUACAUACAACCGGACUGACGUGAAGCAGACCGAGGUAGACUUUGAGCAUACAAAUGGCGCUUGAGCAGUCGCUAUUAGUUCAUACCUCAUUAAUGAUCUGCCUCAGACCUAUGUGCCUAACCCACCCUGUCAAGUUUCCCUGUGGGAGGAAACACGGAGUACCCGGAGAAAACCCACGACUUUCGGCAGAGCGUUGACUUUUUCUCUUUUCACAUGAGUACUGGGUUCGAGUCACAUUGAGAAGUUCUCACUGAGAUUUGAACUUGCGGCCUUAGAGGUGAAAGGCAAGUGCGCUAACCACUUCGCCACCGAAGGCCCAUCAAUACUACUGACAUCAACCAGUUUUAAUUGGUUAUAUCUUGUACGGUCUAGUAAAAGGUUAAUUUGAAAAUAUAUUCAAAUAGACCAGUUUUGCCCAGUAAUUACUAAUUAGAUAGUAAAUGGUAACUUCCCUGACAUUUCAACGGUAGAACAACUAUCAGGCAGGGACGUGGCGAAAUUGGCGGGUGGGUGCGAGAUGAUAAUGACUAACUUUCCCAACGAAAAUGACCUUUUUUCGGGUGGUUUUCUGCGGUCUUGAGAUUCCAAUAAUUUAUCACCGAAUACGUUAGGCAGUGGUUGUUGGGUAUGUGUUUUCCAAUAGUUGGAAAAUAUUUCGGCACAUUUUCUUUCAAAAUUUUUUGACCCACAGCAAGUUGGUUUUGACCAACAUUGUAAUAUUUUCAAAAUUAUUUGGGGGUCGAGGGGUGGGGUCGCAUCCCUCCACAUUCCCAGGUCGGCACGACCCGCUGUUAGGCGAUUUAGUUAAUACUCACUUAACUCCAUGACUUUUCAGGCAGUGGGUCUGGACAGUUGUGAGGGCAACCAAGAAGAAACAGUAACUGAUGCGGAAGGACAUUAUAGACUUCGUGGAUUACAGGUACUUCAUGUAUAGAGUACCUACGAGUACCACUUCAAGCGUACUAUACCGAAACGUAUCAACGUAUUUUAAAAUUUAGUGAAUGUUGAUUGGUUAAUAGUGCCGUAGUACGCCAAAAAGUUGACUUUGGGGCGAACUUUUCGCGAAUACAUCCGGAAGUACGUGAAUUUUUCAACCUAUUUUCAACCUGCGCAUGCUCACCAGUACGUUUUGGUACGGUACGCUUGAAGUGGAAAACGGCCUUUAGUAGUGCUUCCAAGUACGUACACAUGAAUCUUGUUCUAAUAAUUUAGACUAAUAUUCCAUGUUACCUUGUCUCUCUCUUAGCCUGGUUGUACAUACCGUGUGCGAGUAAAGGCUGGCGAAAUGAACGCUCAAAUUGAAAGGUCUACACCUCAGUAUAUUGAUAUUCAAGUGAGUAAACUUUUCAGAGAAAACUUCAGAAAAAAAUGCUUCAAGAUACAAGCUGUACCUCUAUUCCUGCCGUUCCUUUCUUUAAUAAUACAAAUAAGUUGCCUAUUAACAUGUUAUGUGUUGAAACAGUUUCUAUAAAUUAAUGUACGACAUUAGUCAUAAUUCAGCACCUAGAAAUGUAAUGGAUCUCUUUACUCAAGUUGCUACUGUUCAUUCCUAUAAUACCAAAUCCCUCUACUGCUGGUAAUUAUCAGAUAAAAUCUUCUCGUACAAAUCAACAGCAUAAUGCUUUCUCUAGUGUUGGUGCUAAGGUAUGGAAUUCUGUCUCUGAAUAUCUCCGCAAUCUUAAAAAAAAGGAUUUCACUAGGUCUAGAUCUCUAGGAAGAUUCAUACUUUACUAAUCGAAAUUAUGAAUAACGAAGAUGACUAUGUUGAUCUCCCUAUAUGAUUUUGCAGAGAAUGUCUGUUUGAUCUUAUUUUUAAUAUUUCAUGGGUACGUUAUUAACAGUACACUAUUCAUCAAUCAGAUCCUACAGCACCUUUCAAAUUACACCACUUUUUUUUUAACUUUGGAUAGUGUUUCUAUUUUUUGUCUGCACGUAUAUAUACAGUAAAAUUGUCUGCAAUUGAACGUAUAACUGUGUAAAUUUAUUACUGCAUAAAUUUAUUACUGCAUUUAUUACUGUGUGUAAAUUUAUAUUCCAUGCCCGCCUCUGAUUAGCUAUUGCUAUUUGCGGAUCAUGGUAUUUCUAUCUUUAUGUAUUUUAUUUUAUUGAAUAAAAUUGUAUUGUAUUGUAUUGUAUUGUAUUGUAUUGUAUUGUAUUGUAUUGUAUUGUAUUGUAUUGUAUUGUAUUGUAUUGUAUUGUAUUGUAUUGUAUUGUAUUGUAUUGUAUUGACUUGUAUUAGAGUCGAGUACGAAUCCUUCUUAGAAGUUGUCCACCAUUUGAAGAUUACCACAAACUGACACAAACACAUUUUUAAUCCAGUCCCCCGUCUGACGUCCUUGUUGACAAAAACAUCGCUUACUUAAGGCGGUUUUCCACUAGGCGAAAUUUUUCGACCGAAUCGAAAUUUCUCUUUGUUUCAGAGCUCUCGAGCAGAACUAAUUGUAAAAAGACAAAGAGAAAUUUCGUUUCGGUCGAAAAAUUCCGCCUCGUGGAAUCAGGCCUUUAAGCUCUCUGAUAAUGUGCCUAACGUUUUUUCCACGUGGUUGGAGUACGCAAAUGGGUAGCUGCAGUAAAAGAGGUCGGAGUUUCUUCAAGUUUACAUCUAUUCUCCAAUAUAGGUAUUGAGAAAUGAUUUGGAAAAUGUCCGUAUGAUUGUGUUUCGAGAGACUGGAUUGGUGGAUGUAUCAGGAAAUAUUCUCACUGACUCGCAAUUCCUUUCGUCAGUGAAGGUAAUUCUGAAUUACAAGACUGUUUCGGUUGAUUUUUCAUUAAUCGUGAAAUGACAGUUAGGUUAGAAAUCGAUAGAAAUUAAGAUAGAAAUCCGCGCUAAGGUAAAUGGUUCUUGACCCUUUUUUUUAAAUGUCUGGAAAAAAUUUUACCCCCCCCCCCCCUCCCCUCGAAUUUCUCUGAUAGGCCCUGGUUCUUGCUCAGACUGCAGUGGCGGCGCCAGGCUUCCAAAUUUGGGGGGGCAUUUGAGGGGCAAACUCAAAUUUUGGGGGGGCAAGAUAGAAUUUUUAAAAAGGUCGCCCCCCCCCCAGGAAAUUCGCCCCCCCCCCUCAAAACGUGGCGAUAUUCCUAGGAAUAUCGCCUCCCAGGGGGGUGGGGCGAAUACCCUAGGAAUAUCGCCCCUCUUUAGGACAUUCGCCCCCCAUAUAUGCGAUGUGGUUUAUUCAAAUAAUUUCGUGAUACUUUCAUCUUAUUAUUGCCUUACACGUUUGAGAAUUUAACUCUGCAAAACUAAAGCUUUUUUGUCUUUUUUUGAAACGUGUUAUUGGAGUAUUGGCAAGUUUUACCAUUCAGAGAUUUACAAACUAAUAUUGAAACUGUAAAAAACAGUUUCAUAUGAGUAUAUGCGCAUUCACUAAUGAGUAAUGACAACUUAUAAGCCAUACAUUUUCCGAUAACGACAGAACGCUUGUGUAGCCUUUAGUCGCUCUUAGUGACUAAUAAUUUUUUUUGAGGGGGGGCAAAAUGGGGGGGCAAAAAAUAAUUUUGGGGGGGCAUUUGCCCCCCCUUGCCCCCCCCCUGGCGCCGCCACUGUCAGACUGCGCCACCGAAGCCCCAUUUCGUAUUGCAUUAAGGCUUGAUGUUAUAUUGUCCUGUGUAUACCAUCCUAUGUGCAGUCUGUUCAGACUCACUCUUUCUUUAGCUUCUCUUGUAUCGUGAGAAAAACUUGGAUUCACCAAUUCACUCAACUACUGCGGGCUUGACUGGUUUCUUUCAAUUUCCACCAAUAGCAAGUGAUAACCAGGUAUUGUUGCUAUGGCAUCCAUUACAUGACACAUUUGUACAAUUCAACAUUCUCCCUGUUUUGGAGUUGAGCUGAAAGCUUUUAUAUUGCAUGCUUGGCAUCAUCAAUUAUCAUCUGCUGCCAAAGUGUUCCAACUAUACUACAAAGUGUAUACGUACUACUUUUGACAAUUAGUGCUGUUGCCACCUCUGCAUGGAAACUUAGUUUACUGUUAACAAUUAACUUGAAAGUUUUGAUUUUUAGAAUUAUGUGAUAAAGUUAGAAUCAAGUUUAUCUUCUCAUCAAUACAAAAUGAGGUUUCCCGAGACAAGUUUUGCAGCUUCAGGACACCGAGUUCACGUAAAAUUAGAAUUUAAACCACAGGUAAACAUUUAAAAUUAUAUCAGUAAUUCUAAGUUACUACCUAACCUGGGGACCUCGCUCUCCUCAGUCAAGACGAAAGACAAUUCGCCCAUGACUCACGAGAAUAAGGCCCCGGGUAGCCUGCGUGGCAGGCUAGGCCCCGGGCAAUUCUGGCGACGCAAUUAUGGAAGGGUAUAAUAUUGGUACUGCGUGUUCUACUGUAAAUUUAAAAAGUAGUUGUGACGUGCAAGUAGGGAUUUUGCAAUUCUUAAUUACUUGUUUUACACUCACUCUGAUCAUUUUUUACAUCAGGAGUUAUUUCUCCCCCCCCCCCCUUGCCCCCUUCCAAAACAUUGCUGCAUAUUGGAAAUAAAUAGCAUGUCAUAUAUAUUCAACACACUGAUCUGUGAUUCAACAUUGGAUGACCUGGGUGGGUGGAAAUUUUGGGGGUGGAAAAUUUGUGCAUGUGUGGCAACUGUCCCAAAACUAAUUGUAAUUGAACACGAGACGUUUGUUAUAUAUGUGAUGCUUGAAAAUUUGAACAAAAAGUUUUGAUGCAGCAUAAGGCAUGUCGAGGCUAAAUUUAUAAAACUAAAUAAUGUCAAGGCUUCGUCCUUCUAUUGUCAAAAUGAACUGCUGUCUAAACUAAAAUAUGGUUGACCGGACCAUGUACAUUGCUUGCAGAUUGCAGAAAAACUGAAAAAUCGUCUUAGCAAAGUUGGCCCCCGAAGGCAGAAUUUUUUGCGUUUGGAGAUCAUUAUGGUAUAGAUAUAUAUUUUGGGAUCCCCCCUCCCCCAUAUUCAGAAAUCAGAAUGUUUCGAGUUUAGUUUUUUUCAAUUUGGUCAAGAAAAAUUCGUCUAUGGCUAUACGCUGCAUGCGCACAACAACGAGGUUUUUCUACAACCAUGCAUGCUGUAUAAAAAGACAAUAAUUUAACUCCUUAACAUUAUAUUACUCAACAAGUUUUCAUAUAGCCUGUCUCGCGUUACAUCAAGACGUUUUGAUAAAACUCUAAAUGUUAUCUAAGCAGUCGCAAUGCAUGGCCUCAGGUUCGAUGCCUGCAGAGGUCCAGCUCCUAGAGUUUAAUUUUUCAACUGCAUGCUUCUGGUUAUGUCUAAUAAUGUUUAUAAAUUUGGGUUCGAAAGUUCCAUUUACGGAAGUUUUUGCGUGGAUGGAAUUUAGCACUAUCGAACGAGAUGCCCAAGAUCUCCACCCACGUGUUCGGGGGGAGGGCAGCAUGCAGUUCAUUUUCAGCUUGAGCUUCUUCGCCAGCUAAAUAUCUUGCUCUCGAGCUUGCCUAUGUCAACUAUUUUACUAAAUUUAUAAAUAUAAUUUUUUUCAGAAACAUUUCUUAGAUCAGGAAGCAUCUCACACCUCCUUUUUGUUUUUACCAAUUCUCAUUGGUGCACUUGUGAUUGGCAUAUAUUAUACAAAGGUAAGAACUCCACUGGAUUAUCGCCUUCCCUGCACCAAGUUCUAAUGGAUUUAUAUAUAUAUUUGUAGAUUUCAAUUUUUGUUCGCGAUACAUUCCAAUAUUUACAAAAUGAACAAAUACCAGAGAAUGGUGAAGAAAUGACCAGAAGUAAAAGAAAACGAAGAUAAAAAGAAAUGACCAGAAGUAAAAGAAAACGAAGAUAAAAGAAAACUCAGUACACCGCGUGUCAAACAUUGAUCAUCAUCCACUAGGACAAACAGUGUUUGCAUGCCUAGAUCUUUCUAGGUAUUCUUCAGUACAUGCGAAAUAUUGUAAAACAGUGGUUUUCACUGUCAAAGUUUCUACAAAAAAGCUUUGACAGUUUAAAUAUCAGUUUUAAACCGGCUUUCCACUAGGCGGAAUUUUGUGGGCGAAGCAGAAUUUUUAAAUCACAAGACAAAGAAAAAUUCCGUUCCACGCGCAAAAUUCCGCCUAAUGGGAAACCGGUUGCAGCCGAUGGAAGUCACACAUACAUAAUGAAGCCAUUAAUAACCUCAGCAUUUCUUGCUUGAAAUGAGAAGCGAUGUCGAUGAUUUCAAGCAAGAAUCAUUGCAUGUCAUCAUUAACGGCUCUAUUUUAUACGCAUGGCAUCCGUGUUGGCGAACACAUCAACUGCUUAAUAAACUCACGUAUUAAAUACAUUAAAGUCUUCUACACUUAUUAAUCGAAGCUGUUGAUCCAGACGAAGUGUGGUGCCAUUAGCUUAUUAAACGGGAUGGGACGCGGGAGGGAGGGGGGAUGCGAGGGGGAGGGAAUGCGAGAAAUAUAUAUUACUUGUAAUCGUGCAAGUAAUUAGUAUCACAGGAAGCCCGCGUCGACCCCACACCCAUAUACUCACUGGUGAAUACUAUUUUAUUCCUCAACUUUCCUUACAGUAACGCCCCCGCCACUUGACACAGUUUCAUGAGACAGUUUUUGGCCGUAUAUAGAGAAUCAAAUUGUGGGUGUAGAUAUAAAUCAUAUUCCAAGAUAAUGGUUUUUCGGUAUUACUCUCAGCAUUGCAGCACAUUUCGAAGCUAAACAAAUAAUUUGUUUAAGCAAGCACCUGUAACUCUUACGUUGCAAAUUUAAAUACAUUGUUACUUGUGUAUUGACAAA